ACAACCACAACAUAAAUCAUCCUUCCACGACACACGGCAGUGCAGAGCCUCCAUAUAGAGAAGUUUAGGAGCAACGAUGAAGAGUAGCACACUCGUGGUCAUCCUGGUCCUCCAGGCCGUCCUGGUCAUGGGAAUCCUCUCACAGGCGAACGCCGAGUUCCCCAAGUGCUGCGACAACUGCAGGUUCUUCUCGGGGGCCGUGGUCUGCGACGACGCCGGCCCCAAGUGCCGCGACGGCUGCGUGAACUGCCGCGUCGUGCAGACGAGCCCUAAGAAGACGUUCCGAUGCGCCGAUGCACGCGUCGACGACGGCACGCCCUGCAAGCCCUGCAAGAAGCACUGAUCGCACAUGCUCAGAACAUAAGAUGUUGCACCGAGAAUAAAAGCUCGGAUGGGUUGAGCAGAGCCGUUGUGGUUGUACGUACACGUGUUCCAUGCCCAACAACAAUUGUUGUUGUCAUCGUCGUCGUUAUGCUUUUAUCUCUCUCCAGAAAAAGCUGUGGUCGUUGCUCCCUGAAUAAACACAUAUUCCCUUCGUUUCAUGAUGUAAGACGUUUUUUGGCACUAGUGUAGUAUCAAAAAACGUCUUAUAUUAUAGGACGGAUGGAGUACUUGUGUGUCAGUGUAUUGCGUCUCUGCUCAAUCAAAUAAAAAUCAGUUUAUUUGUGUCAA